AUGUUUGGAUAUGACCAGGGUAUCAUGUCUGGUCUUUUGGUCAAUGAGGUUUUCAUCAAACGAUUCUACAGCGACCAUGGAGGGAUUGACGGAACAACUGAGGGAAUCAACCCAAACUUGAUUGGUAUCACUGUCUCUUGCUUGCAGCUUUCCGCAGCUAUUGGAUCUCUUACUUCUGGUUACCUUGGAGAUAUCAUGGGAAGGAAGAGAUGUGUGCGUAUCGGUGGAUUCAUAUACUUCGCUAUGGCUUUCCUUCAAGGAUUCGCUCCAAACCUGGCUUGCUUCAUUGCUGGACGAACCAUCCAAGGUCUUGGUGUUGGCUUUCUCUCGAUGACAGUACCAGUGAUUCAGACUGAAAUUGCGGCUCCCCAUAGACGUGGCUUGAUGGUCGGCGUCGAAUACACAUUCUUGAUCGGCUGA